CGGGGCGUUACUAUAGAGAGGAAGCCACCGCUCUGGACUCGGUUUAUAGUCUCUAUGGUCCACCCGGGUCGGUGGCGGUAAGGGGGAAGAAGGGAGACCGCACUGCGCAGGCGCAGUCAGCUUCUCACUUUUUUUUUUUUUUUUUUUUUUUUUAAUCCCCGCACCAAGCGCUUAACCUCAUUGGGGUGGAGAAGGCGGCGGCUGUCCGGUCCGCAUCCGCAACAGUAGUGAAUAAUAGAGCUAAUGGACUGCUGAAUUAUGAAGUAUUCCAGACCCAGUCGUAGACCAUCACUCCACCACUCUCUCCUUUAUCUCCUACUAGUUAUUUAAAUUGGACUUUUAAUAUCCUACCAGCUGCUCCUCAGACACACAUGGUGCAUUGCUGCCAUUCCCCGGAUUGUAUCUUUGAAACACACACUCUUAGUAACCUUCAGCGAACAAAGAGGCAACCUCCCGGUACAGCCACCGGGAGGGGGUCAUCCUGACUGCCCUCUAGCCUUGGCUGGAUCUGGAUUUGAAUCCCACCAUGGAGCCUCGCAUGGAGUCCUGCCUGGCCCAGGUGCUGCAGAAGGAUGUGGGGAAACGACUGCAGGUUGGCCAAGAACUCAUAGACUAUUUCUCAGACAAGCAGAAGUCUGCUGACCUUGAGCAUGACCAGACCAUGUUGGAUAAGCUUGUGGAUGGGCUCGCUACCUCUUGGGUGAACUCCAGCAAUUACAAGGUGGUCCUCCUGGGCAUGGACAUCCUGUCGGCGCUGGUGACCCGGCUGCAGGAUCGUUUCAAGGCGCAAAUUGGCACAGUGCUGCCAAGUCUAAUAGACAGGCUGGGAGAUGCUAAGGACUCCGUGAGAGAGCAAGACCAAACUCUGCUGCUAAAGAUCAUGGAUCAAGCUGCUAAUCCCCAGUAUGUAUGGGACAGAAUACUUGGAGGCUUCAAACACAAGAACUUCCGCACAAGAGAAGGCAUCUGCCUCUGCCUUAUUGCAACACUCAAUGCCUCUGGAGCACAGACUCUAACACUAAGCAAGAUCGUGCCACAUAUAUGUAACUUACUUGGAGAUCCAAACAGCCAGGUUCGAGAUGCAGCAAUAAACAGCCUGGUGGAGAUUUAUAGACAUGUAGGUGAACGUGUGAGGGCAGAUCUCAGUAAGAAAGGACUGCCGCAAUCUCGGUUGAAUGUCAUUUUUACAAAAUUUGAUGAAGUCCAGAAAUCUGGAAACAUGAUACAGUCUGCAAAUGAUAAGAAUUUUGAUGAUGAAGAUUCUGUAGAUGGAAACAGGCCUUCCUCUGCCAGCUCCACGUCGUCCAAGGCUCCACCAAGCUCCCGGAGGAAUGUUGGGAUGGGGACCACCCGUCGGCUUGUGUCGUCCAGUCUUGGAUCCAAGUCCUCGGCUGCAAAAGAAGGUGCUGGUGCUGUGGAUGAAGAGGACUUUAUUAAAGCCUUUGAUGAUGUACCUGUAGUACAGAUUUAUUCCAGCCGAGACCUAGAAGAAUCCAUAAACAAAAUUAGAGAAAUACUGUCUGACGACAAGCAUGACUGGGAACAGAGAGUAAAUGCUCUAAAAAAGAUUAGAUCUUUACUCUUGGCUGGUGCUGCUGAGUACGAUAACUUCUUUCAACACUUGCGCCUUUUGGAUGGAGCUUUUAAACUCUCUGCUAAGGACCUGCGGUCUCAGGUAGUGCGGGAAGCUUGUAUCACGUUGGGGCAUCUAUCAUCAGUUCUGGGGAACAAAUUUGACCAUGGAGCUGAAGCCAUCAUGCCAACUAUCUUUAACUUAAUCCCAAACAGUGCCAAAAUUAUGGCCACUUCUGGUGUAGUAGCUGUUAGACUAAUCAUCCGGCACACGCACAUCCCUCGGCUAAUUCCUGUCAUAACAAGCAACUGUACCUCUAAGUCUGUUGCAGUAAGAAGGCGCUGUUUUGAAUUUUUAGAUUUACUUUUACAAGAAUGGCAGACACAUUCACUGGAAAGACACAUAUCAGUAUUAGCUGAAACAAUAAAGAAAGGAAUACAUGAUGCCGAUUCUGAAGCAAGGAUAGAAGCCAGAAAAUGCUACUGGGGCUUCCACAGUCACUUCAGCAGAGAAGCAGAGCACUUGUACCACACUCUGGAGUCCUCCUAUCAGAAGGCCCUGCAGUCCCACUUGAAGAACUCUGACAGCAUUGUGUCUCUGCCUCAGUCAGACCGCUCCUCUUCCAGCUCUCAGGAGAGUCUCAACCGGCCACUUUCUGCCAAAAGAAGUCCCACUGGCAGUACCACAUCAAGAGCCUCUACAGUUAGUACCAAAUCUGUGUCAACGUCUGGAUCCCUCCAGCGGUCUCGAAGUGACAUCGAUGUGAAUGCAGCAGCCAGUGCCAAAUCCAAAGUCUCAUCAUCAUCAGGCUCUACUGCCUUCAGCUCUGCGGCAGCAUUGCCUCCAGGGUCAUACGCAUCUUUAGAUGGUACUACCACUAAAGCGGAGGGUCGGAUCCGCACGAGACGGCAAAGCUCUGGGAGUGCCACCAAUGUCGUCUCCACACCCUCCGACAGUCGGGGCCGCAGUCGCGCCAAAGUGGUUUCACAGUCUCAGCGAUCCAGAUCUGCUAAUCCUGCUGGUGCUGGCAGCCGGUCAAGUUCCCCAGGGAAGCUGUUGGGAAGUGGCUAUGGUGGACUUGCUGGGGGCUCCUCAAGAGGCCCACCUGUAACACCAUCUUCAGAAAAACGAAGCAAGAUUCCCAGGAGUCAGGGAUGUAGCCGAGAAACGAGUCCAAACCGAAUAGGAUUAGCACGGAGCAGCCGUAUCCCUCGACCCAGCAUGAGUCAGGGGUGCAGCCGCGAUACCAGCCGUGAGAGCAGCCGCGAUACCAGCCCUGCUCGGGGCUUCACUCCACUCGCCUCUCGACGUCAUUCCAGGUCCACUAGUGCUCUCUCCACUGCUGAAUCUGUUGGGCAGUCAGACCGGUUUGGGCUGGGCCAGUCAGGAAGAAUCCCUGGUUCGGUGAAUGCCAUGCGCGUUUUGAGCACAAGCACAGAUCUAGAAGCUGCAGUGGCCGAUGCUCUGCUGUUAGGAGACGCCAGGAGCAAGAAAAAGCCUGUGAGGAGGAGAUACGAGCCAUAUGGCAUGUACUCUGAUGAUGACGCCAACAGCGAUGCCUCCAGCGUUUGCUCCGAGCGCUCGUAUGGCUCCAGGAAUGGCGGUAUUCCCCAUUACCUACGACAGACCGAGGAUGUAGCAGAAGUUCUCAACCACUGUGCUAGUUCCAACUGGUCAGAGAGGAAAGAAGGGCUUCUGGGCCUACAGAACUUACUAAAGAGCCAAAGAACACUGAGUCGAGUAGAAUUGAAGAGGUUGUGUGAGAUUUUCACCCGAAUGUUUGCUGACCCUCACAGCAAGAGAGUUUUCAGUAUGUUUUUGGAGACCCUUGUGGAUUUCAUAAUAAUUCAUAAGGAUGACUUGCAAGACUGGCUCUUCGUUCUUCUCACACAAUUGCUUAAGAAAAUGGGAGCAGACUUACUUGGAUCUGUGCAAGCCAAAGUUCAGAAAGCACUAGAUGUUACCAGGGAUUCCUUCCCAUUUGAUCAACAAUUUAACAUUUUGAUGAGAUUUAUUGUGGAUCAGACUCAAACUCCAAACCUCAAGGUCAAAGUCGCAAUCCUGAAAUAUAUUGAGUCUCUGGCCAGACAGAUGGACCCAACGGAUUUUGUAAACUCUAGCGAGACAAGGCUUGCUGUUUCUAGAAUCAUAACCUGGACAACAGAACCAAAGAGUUCAGACGUGAGAAAGGCAGCACAGAUCGUGCUAAUCUCUCUGUUUGAAUUGAACACUCCUGAAUUUACCAUGUUACUUGGUGCCUUGCCAAAAACAUUCCAGGAUGGUGCCACCAAACUCCUGCAUAACCACCUCAAAAACUCCAGUAACUCCAGUGUGGGAUCUCCAAGCAAUACAAUUGGACGGACACCCUCCCGACACCCCAGCAGUAGGACCAGCCCCCUGACCUCACCCACCAACUGUUCCCAUGGGGGGCUAUCUCCAAGCGUCCUUAACUACGAUACAGAGAACCUGAACUCCGAAGAGAUCUACAGCUCUCUGCGUGGAGUUACAGAAGCCAUUGAAAAGUUUAGUUUCCGAAGCCAGGAGGAUCUGAAUGAGCCAAUUAAGCGAGAUGGCAAGAAGGACUGUGAUAUUGUGUCCCGUGAUGGCGGAGCAGCUUCACCUGCCACAGAUGGCCGGGGAGGUGGAGAGGUGGAAGGAGGCAGGACAGCUCUGGACAAUAAGACCUCCCUGCUCAAUACACAGCCUCCACGCGCCUUCCCAGGACCUCGAGCGCGGGAGUACAACCCAUAUCCCUACUCUGACACCAUCAACACCUAUGACAAGACAGCUCUGAAGGAGGCGGUGUUUGAUGAUGACAUGGAGCAGCUCCGUGAUGUGCCCAUUGACCACUCGGACCUGGUGGCUGACCUGCUGAAAGAGCUGUCCAACCAUAAUGAACGUGUGGAGGAACGGAAAGGCGCCCUGCUGGAACUGCUCAAGAUCACCAGGGAGGACAGCCUGGGCGUGUGGGAGGAACACUUCAAGACCAUCCUGCUGCUGCUGCUGGAGACACUCGGAGACAAAGACCAUUCCAUUCGAGCACUGGCAUUGAGAGUUUUACGGGAAAUUCUGAGAAACCAGCCAGCCAGAUUCAAAAACUAUGCCGAGCUGACGAUCAUGAAGACUCUAGAAGCCCACAAAGACUCCCAUAAGGAGGUAGUGAGAGCUGCGGAGGAGGCUGCAUCCACACUAGCCAGCUCCAUCCACCCUGAGCAAUGCAUCAAAGUGCUGUGCCCAAUCAUCCAGACAGCCGACUACCCCAUCAACCUGGCUGCCAUCAAGAUGCAAACCAAAGUAGUGGAGAGGAUCGCCAAGGAGUCCUUGCUGCAGCUCCUCGCUGACAUCAUCCCAGGCCUGCUUCAGGGUUAUGACAACACUGAGAGCAGUGUACGGAAGGCCAGCGUGUUUUGCUUAGUGGCAAUCUAUUCCGUAAUCGGAGAAGAUCUGAAACCUCACCUCGCACAGCUCACAGGGAGCAAGAUGAAGCUGCUAAAUUUAUAUAUAAAGAGGGCCCAGACCACCAACAGCAACAGCAGCUCUUCCUCCGAUGUGUCCACACACAGCUAGUGGCCACGCCAGUCUGUGCAGACCACACAUGAUCGGUGGUACCUUGGAGGAGCCCCAUCAGCUGCCCAGUCCGUGCAAGGAGGCCGCACAUAAUUUAUUACAAUCAGUAUUUUGGUCCCUUCCAGCUUUUGUGUAGAAUCUUACUGGUAUUGAAUGUAACGGAAGCAAGGCCUGUAGCGCAGUCUCCCUAGAAACAAAAGGAAUUCGAAACGAAGAGCCAUACUUACAUGUGUCUUGCACCGCCUGCUGACAUCAGCAAACCGUGGUGGCCGGCACAACUCGUAGAUGCCAGAGUGCUCUAGCCAGUGCCUGGUACCCAGUAGCAUAUUUUUUUUCAGUUCAUACAGACUUGGGGUGGGCUGGGGUAUCGCUCUAUAUUCUUCAUGCUUACAUUCUUAGAGUGUGGUGAGGUGGGACAAGGACCCUCCUUUAUUCAGUCGACACUGACAAAGGCUGUGCGCCUUUAGGUUGUGUCUUGUGAGACCUUGUGAGAGUGGGACUCAAGUCUGGGCAAGAAAAGGAGAAAAGCCUAGAGCUAGCUUUGUAAUAAACACGUGCGAUUUGCUUCUCUCAUGCAGACAGGAGCCAACUAUCCUGGCUUUGGGGAUACAAUCAGAAAUGCCACCAAAGUUUACAUGAUUACAUUACAUAACUAAAGGGUAGCUGCAGAGCCCCCUUCAGUCAAUGCAUUGGAAACAGACCAAUGCGGCCCUUUAAUUUCAACUUCUUGAAGGUCUCACUGCUUUGAAGAAAGUGAUUAUAGAUUUAGAGUCUAGCUAAAUAAAUUUUGAAUAAAAUUCUUAAAAGACAAUUCUUAAUGCAAUCAUGCAGACUUCCCUAGGCUAGCCUUGAACUUGAGAUGCUCCUGCCUCAGCCUCCCAAGUGUUGGGAUUAUAGGCGUUAGCCUUUAUACCCAGCAAAAGGCUUGUGGAUGUUCAUUUUAGCAAGGCAUAGGGUCUUCAGUUCAGAGCCGACUGACACUGCUAGAACUGAAGGGGCAGGCUGGGGUACCUGAUGUAUGUAUAUACCUCAUCUCUUACCCUUCAGAUGAGGUGGGGGGCAGGGGGGAGAUUAGGCAAAACAGAUACUGUAUUUGGAAAUAGAUGUUGAAAAUGAAGGUCCGGCUGUGUCUUACAUAAGCUGCCCUGCUAUUGCUGUUCAGGGAACUUCAGGGGUGCAUUUUCAGUGCUUUAUUCCUGUUGACUGAUUCUUGCUCAAAACAUCAGGACUUGACCUUGGUUGUUCAUAGCUAAUUUAUGAGAUUUCUUUCUUGCCCUCUACAAGGGUCCCUAAGUCUUUUAGUCACUCCUCUGCUGUAGAACUGUGAGACCUGGCCAGGUAAAUUAGGAAUUCUCUGAUGUCUAAUGCAAUUAGAAAGACCUUUCUCUGGCUUUCAGAUGGUCACCAUGGUCCCCACUGUAGCUGAAUGGUCCCAGAAUAUUGCCUGGUUUCCUCACAGCACUCACAAAGGGCUAGCCUUGAAUGUCACAUGCCCUCCUUCAACCUCCUGAGUAGAGAGAGAUACAAUCAUUUUACAGGUCUCGUGGGCUCAAUCUGAAAACUGCUGCCCACCUCACCGAGGAGACUCGCAUGCUGCGGCCAACUCGUGGAGGGCAGCUGUGCCCACCGCUGCCCUCUGAACCCUGACAGCUGCAGCUGCCUCGCCUUGCUACCACCUCCCUACUGAACUCUGUUCACAACACCCAGACCCUGAAAGACUCUGUUCACAACCCCCAGAAUUGUGUUUGCCUCCCCAUCUACCCAACUAUCCAGGGCCUCAAAACCCCCAUACCUUGUAUCCAGGGGGUUGCUCAUCUGACUUCCUGCUUCCUGGCACGCUGCUGCCUCCCUCCCCGGCUGUGGUCCAACAAGUGCAGCCGGCCCUCAAGGCACGUGGCUCUCUCCAAGUGCACUCUGUGCUUUGCGGAUCUGGUGCCCGCAGAUGGCCUGGGCCUGCCUUAUCUAUGGCUCACCACUAGCUUACCAAUACCCCGUGCAGGUAACAACAGGUUUGUCUCAGAAGUCUUCUCUUUCUUUCCCGCCACCCUAUGGAAACUCAUAUCAUACUUUAAAGGACUGCAGGUAAGAACUGUUAGAACCCCAACCAGGACUCUGUUCAAUGUUUGGAGACGAAACAACAUGCUCUGAAAAUCAGCCACCAAAAUAGUUUUGAUGUCACUGUGUUCACACGCAUGGUCCCUGCACCCCCAGGUUGGGUGGUUUUUAGUUUGUUUCGGGUUUUUUUGGGCUUUUUCAUGUUACAUCCAUAUCUGUAUUUAUAUCUUAUUUGUUUCACUUCCAAGUGUAUCAUGGCAAAUGUACAGAUUUUUUUUUUGUUAAUAAUGUG